AUGACGUUAGCUGAAAGAAAAAACGCUGCAACUCUCCUACAAUAUACUACAGUGACACCUUUUACUUAUCUCCUAUUCCCAAGCUCCUACAAAUGUCUUUAUUGCGAAGAAAAAAAAUUAGAACUUCAAAUCUUGCUAGAACAUUCCAGAAAUCAUGAUAUACCAAACCACAAUAAUAUUUUAAAAAAUAUUCUAAAAAAAGGCAAAAAGAAGAUCAAAGUGGACAUUUCCAAUUUGAAAUGUAGAAUUUGUGAAACUCCAUUCUCAGUUUUGGAAGAUGCUCAGAAACAUUUAAUGGAUGUCCAUAAAAAGGAUUUUACAAGUGCUGGAAGUGGUAUGAUCGCUUUCAAUUUGAAAGUCACGAACGAUGUUUUUACUUGCCAUAUUUGUUCGAAGACCUUCCAUAGUUUCUUUCUUCUCAAUAAACAUAUCAGCAUUCAUUACAGCAAUGCUGUUUGCGAAUCUUGUGGCAAAGGAUUUCUAUCUUACCAACGCCUGUUAACACACAUUCAGAGUCAUUACAACGGGACAUAUCCUUGUGUUAAAUGUAAAAAGAUCUUUCCCAGUACGUCUAAACUAAAGUACCACAGUGAUAAAGUCCAUGGAAAAUUGGGGCAAUUGAAACUAGCUAAAUGUCACAAAUGUCUGGCGCGAUUUGAACAUCACUACGAAAAGAUCAAGCACUUAAAAGAUUCUCAUGGUGUUGAAUUUACGUUUAAAUGUGAAACUUGCGCGUUAAUUUUCAAAAGGAAAACUGGGACACCUAAUAUGGAUAAAAAAACUAAUAAUAAUAAUAAUUCGUCCACUGUUCAAAGUAACAAGAAAAUUCCAAUAACUAGUUCUGCUACUAAAAAAGUAGAGUUGAAGAAAAAGUCUAAAAUGACGUCGACGGAGAUGACUUCUUCGUCAGACAGUUCAUCUGAUUCUGAUGAUGAUUCAGAAUCAUUACUUAACAUCUGGAAAACACAACUGAUUCUAUCCAGUCACCCU